UCUUGAGCACAAGUUAUGUAUACGGUGCAGCCUCCACCCGAGCCGAAUAUCAAAAUAUUUGGAUGUUUUUAACCAUCGCCUUUCUUGGAACUCUCGGCCGCAGUGUUGCCACGCAAACAAUUUCUCAACAAACAUUCACCGUCAGUGUUGUAUAUCCUGACUGGUCUGACUGAAACAAGUUGUCUUAACAACUCAAGCGGAAACCUCGCAGUAGUCCAAACAUUGCAGAUAUUUAAGAAAUUCUUGAGCUCAAAGGUCCUUCUCCUCCUCCACCCGAACCGAACUCCCAGAUCUAAAAACAACUUAUACGUCUCGGCAUCAUGUCUCAACCCUUUGCACCAAGCUCCCCUACUCUGUGCAACUUCUUUGAUCGUAACCACAAGUUCGCCUCUACGUGCAAUCCCGACGUCUUGGCUUCUACCUGUAAGGGUCAAUCUCCGUCAGUAUUCUGGCUCGGCUGCUCGGAUUCUCGUGUGUCUGAGGGGGUUGUCAUCCAAGCUGAACUCGGUGAAGUGUUUGUGCAUCGAAACGUGGCCAAUGUCUUCCAUCCCGACGAUACGUCCGCCACCGCUGCACUAGCUUACGCUGUGAACCACUUAAAAGUGACCCACGUCGUUGUCGUUGGCCACGAAUCCUGUGGAGGCUGUGCGGCUGCACUGGCUGCAGCGAGCGCCCACAAAGCCGACGAGCCUGCGCCGGCCACGCCGACCGACAAGGGCGAGGCGGCGAUCGCCAAAUGGAUCGGCCCGAUCAAAGAGUUGGCCUUGAACGAAUUGAAGAAACAGAACGAUGAAUUCACCCUUCCGAAGCUCGUCACCCUCAACGUCGAAAAUCAGGUCAAAAAUAUCAUCGACCAUGAGAUCAUCCAAAGCGCCUGGGCUAGAGGUCAAACUCUCUCUGUCCAUGGUUGGGUCUAUAACCUCUCCUCUGGAAAAGUACAAGAUCUUGGCCUUUCCAAGUCCAAUCCUUAAUUCCGUCCCGCAUUAUCAUCAUUCUCUGCGUAGCCCAAGUGGAUGGAUCUCUCUUCCUGUGCCUCCCCUUAUUGCGCUCGAAGGCCCAUUAGUUGUUGUCUUUCCAAUUGCUUAUCAGCUAUGCCAGGCAAAACUUUUGUUAGACCGAAUGUUUACGAAAAUGCACGCUACAAUAUCUUUCAGUUCCCUGCUGCUGCAACAUUGGUUUUUUGAGAACAGGAACCGAGUUUCCAAGAUGUUCCCACGCGUCACGGCUGAUUCCUUGCAGUAAAUGACGAUUGAAAAUAAUUUUAGUAGACAUACAUAUUUAUACAAUAUAGAUCUAAGCAAGUUGGGUAGAG